AUGCCCGCCAUUUGGUCGGCGAAGAUCAACUCUGCAGCUGAUCUUCUAAAAUUGCGACAGUCAUCCUUUUCUAUUAAGCGCGGCUUCAACGAUACGGGAAGUCCAAGCUCCGGCCCACCCGCUGCGUUCCCUGCGAUCAUCUUCGGCUGCGUUGCGGUUUCCAUGGCAGUCGUCUUUGCGACUUGCAUAUUUUGCGCGAGGAAACGAAUGAAGAAGAGGCAGACCGAGUACAUGAAGAUGUAUAUGAGGAUAGCCACCUCCAACGAAGGUCCAGCGCAGAACAACAAGCUUAGGAAGACUGGUAUGGGCCAAGGAACAUUUCCGGGUCCUCAAUACGGCACGUCAGGGGGAGGAUACAACUAUACCGCUGGCUACAACGGCAGCAACUCUUCCGCUUACGACGGACCGCCUCCGGCCUACUCGAGCCAUCAGUCAGGGGAUUCAAGCAUGGGUUCCAGUGGUGGCAGUGGGGGCGGUGGCAUUUCCUUAAACACAGGUUCAACUUGA